AAUGGCGCACUGUCAAUAACAGCAUGACACCGGGAAUACGUUUUAGAAUAUCGUGACUAUUUAAGGUAUCGUCAGAUGUCCACGACAAAAUGAGACUACUUAUUAGAGUAGCGAAAGAAGCACAGAGGAAAUAUUUCCACAGAACCUCAUGUUAUAGGUUUACCUCGGAAGGUUCGACACUGCGAAAAGGGCCCGUAGAGGAGUGCAAGUGGUUGUGUGGAUCUUCCCAGAAUAUUUUGUCAGCAGUGCGGGAACAGGUUGAAGUUAGGCAGAAUUUCAUCAGCGAAGAAGAGGAGAACGCCCUUUUUAAAGAAGUAGAAAAAGGACUUAGAAAAAAGCGUUACGAAUUCGACCACUGGGACGAUGUAGGUAACACAAAGAAUGUGUUUCUAGCUAUAUUGCACAGAUUGCCAUUCAACUUGAACAGAAACCGUCAUAAUGUAAAUGCCAUUCAUGGCUACAGAGAAACGGAGCGCUUGCAGUGGGGUGAUGUUUGUGAAAGCAUCUUAAGGCGGGUCCGAGCUGUUGCAUUUCCUGAGGGCAGUCCACUGCUGGGGCCUGUUCAUGUUUUGGACCUGGACAAAUUGGGCUACAUCAAGCCACAUAUCGACAGUGUGAAGUUCUGUGGCAGCACCAUUGCAGGUCUGAGCCUGUUGUCUGAUAGUGUUAUGAGACUUGUCCAAGAAAAUAAUUCUGCAGAUUGGGUGGACUUGCUUUUAAAUCGUCGUUCGCUUUAUAUAUUGAGGGAUGAUGCAAGGUUUAAAUUCACACAUGAAAUCUUGAAAGAUGAAGAGUCUUUUUUCUCAGGACAGAGGGUUCCACGUCAUCGCCGCAUCUCUGUGAUCUGUCGGAAUCUGCCAGUUUGAAACACUUAGAGGAAGAAUCGCUCUUAUGCUGGACUAAACCUCCCAGUUCCCACCAGUCUUGAAUGGAAACUAGGUGACUUCUAUUGGUGUCAGAUUGAUCAUGUUACCAACUAGGUCUAAAUUGUUUGCCUUACAGAUAUUCUCAGACUAAAAAAAUAGUCAUUAUACUUUUUCCUUAGAAACAGCAAACAACCAUUUAUUAAGGGAUAGUAAUUAUUAUAAAAUGUAAAUGUGAAUCAUUAAAAAUGUAAAUCAUUAAUGUGAUUUUGGAGUUAAAAAGUAAAUUGAAGAACAUUAAAUGAGACUGAUUUUGUCUACCUUAUCUAAUAAUAAAUAUAUGCCGC